GAUAGGCCAACUGAAAGUAUACUUGUCAAAAAAUUUAAUGCAGCUGACCAUGCUUAUUGUCUUUCAAAGAACGACGUCGUAGCUGUCUAACUAAAGGAAAGCAAACCAAAGCGGUUCCAUACUGCCACGUAUGCAUGUUUUGCAAAUAGCGAAUAGAAAGUGAACACGUGGCAAUGAAUGAUUGUCUGCUUUCCCGUCCAAGAAACAUAUAAUAGGACUAAAGAUGAGCUUAAUCUAUGGCAGAAGAUCGGAUGAACCCUCUCAUCGUAAUUUCACUCCGACGAUUGUCCGGUGACUAUUAAAUCCCCUUCCCUUCAGUUCUUCGAUCCUUUCAGAUUCGCUGUUACUGGUUCUCUCAAUUAGAAAACAAGUGAUUUGAGCAGCUGACAUGGCGAUAUCUGAUGCAAUUACCGGUAAUCUAAUGGCGAUCUACGUGGCAGUGAUCGCGGGGAUCAAGGCGUACGGGUUGGUGUGUGGACGGAGCUUCAACGGUGGAUUUGUGCUGAUCGUGUCAACCACGGUGGUUGCCGCCGUCUUGAUUGCGACGCUGACGUGGGACGUGUCACGCAAGGCCAUGUACGCCGUCUCGCGGGACCAUGUGCACGAGAUGUGCAAGGGCGGUAUCUGUUGGCACGGCGCGGCGGUCCGGUCUUCGGCUUCUCAGGUGCGGUUCAAGCUUCCGCAACAAUUAGCUUAUGGUCAGUUGUGAAUAGAAAAGAGCCAUAGUUGAAAAUAGUCUUUUUAUUGGUUGUUGACGGUGUUUAUUACUGGUUUCGGCUUCUUUUGGUCGCUUUACCUAACAAAGCUAGCGCAACAGGGGCUGGCCUUUUCGUUUCAGCAGGAUUGGAAUGUGUAAAAAUAAAUGAAAUAAAUAAAUGUUUUGGGUAUGUUUUUGCUUUAA